CUUUUUUAAUUUUUUUUUUCUUUUUGUAAAAAUUUGUUUUUUCUUCAAUCUCAGUUUUUUUCGUGUUAGUGAAUUUGGGGAUUUGACCAUGGCGGAGGAAUUUGGUAGCUUUGAUUUACUCGUUGGUGAUGAUGAUUUCUUCUUCGAUUUCGAUCCUUCAAUAGUCAUUGAUUCUCCUCCGGCGGAGGAUUUUCUCCAGUCUUCUUCACCGGAUUCAUGGAUCGGAGAAAUUGAGAAUCAAUUGAUGAACGAUGAGAAUCAUCAGGAGGAGAGUUUUCUGGAGUUGGAUCAGCAAUCGGUUUCAGAUUUGAUCGCCGAUUUACUCGUUGAUUAUCCAACAAGCGAUUCUGGCUCCGUUGAUUUGGCGACUGAUAAAGUUCCCGAUGUUAUCACCGUCGAUUCUCCCGUCGCCGGAAAGGAAUCUGAAGGAUCUGAUGAUUCCGGGAAGGAGAAUUCGGAUUUGGUUGUUGAGAAGAAGUCUAAUGAUUCUGGGAGUGAGAUUCAGGAUGAUGAUGAAGAAGGAGACGAUGAUGCUGUGGCUAAGAAACGAAGAAGGAGAGUAAGAAAUAGAGAUGCGGCGGUUCGAUCGAGAGAGAGGAAGAAGGAAUAUGUGCAAGAUUUAGAGAAGAAGAGUAAGUAUCUCGAAAGAGAAUGCUUGAGACUAGGACGUAUGCUUGAGUGCUUCGUUGCCGAAAACCAGUCUCUACGUUUCUAUUUGCAAAAGGGUAGUGGCAAUAAUACUUCAAUGAUGUCGAAGCAGGAGUCUGCUGUGCUCUUGUUGGAAUCCCUGCUGUUGGGUUCCCUGCUUUGGCUUCUGGGAGUAAACUUCCUUUGCCUAUUCCCUUAUCUGUCCCACACAAAGUGUUACCUCCUCCUGUCAGAACCAGAAAAGCUGGUUCUAAACGGGCUAGGGAGUUGUAGCAAACCAUCUAAUACCGACGUGAGUCGGAGAUGUAAGGGUUCAAGGCCUAGGAUGAAACACCAAAUCUUAACCCUUGUGGUGUGACAACGCCUUUUUAACUGCUUCCUUUGCGCAUUCGAGUCGUAGAUGAGUGUCGUCCUUAGUAGUCUCUCUUGUUUUUGUAUUUUCGCUGUUGAAAAUUUUCUGUCUAAUAUGGAUAAGUAAACGGUGAAUGUGAGUCUUAUGGUCCUGGAUGAUAUCUAUCUAAUAAUGUUUCUCUACCUUUAAAAUCCA